CCAAUUACCCGUACCCGAACAAAAAAUAGCUAAGAGUUCUAGAUCUUUCCGAUGGACUCACUCACUUUGCAUCAACUGUAGCUAGGGCAUUCUGAUCUAGACUCUUCCAUUCCCCCUUUUUAUUUCCACCCGAUUUAUACACACAACCACCCAUUUUGUAUCUAUAUCUACAAUAUAAUGGCCAAAUACGGUGAAGGAGACAAGAGAUGGAUCGUCGAAGACCGACCAGACGGUGCUAAUGUUCACAAUUGGCACUGGUCCGAAACUGAUUGUCUUGAAUGGUCUCGUAAUUUGUUGUCGAAGCUGCUUGCCAAUCUCACUGUUCUUGAUGGUGAAGGGGGCUUGUUCAUUAGAAUCGCCAAGGUUGAGAAAGUUGAGGGUGAGGCUUAUAUUAAUGUUCGCAAAGGGAAGAUUAUUCCUGGGUAUGAAAUUAGCUUGAGUCUUUCGUGGGUAGGUGAGGCUAAGGAUUCUGAUGGCAAGUCGCUUUUGGUGGUUGAUGGGGUUGUCGAGGUUCCGUAUAUUUCGGAUGAGAAUGCUGAUGAGGAUCCCGAGAUUAGGGUUGUGGUGAAAGACGAGGGGCCGAUUGGGAAGAGGUUGAAAGAUGCGUUUUUGGCCAAGGGGAAGGAGGUUGUGUGGGAGAAGGUGAGGGUUUAUGUGGGGGCGAUGGCGAAAGGGGGGCCGGCGAAAGAUGAAUUGGAGGUGAAGAAGGUGAGUGGGAGUGCGGGGGGUAAUGGGGAGGUGAAGAAGGCGGUGGCGGAGGCGGUUUCAGCUCCGGUGAAGAAGGAGGUGGUUAAGGAGAAGAAGAAGGAAGGGUUUAAGAGUAUUAAGAUGACGGAGAAGUUUAGUUGUAGGGCAAAGGAUAUGUUUGAGAUUUUGAUGGAUGAGAAUAGGUGGAAGGGGUUUACGCAGAGUAAUGCCAAGAUUAGUAAGGAGGUCGGUGGGGAGUUUAUGAUUUUUGAUGGGGCUGUUACGGGGACGAAUGUGGAGUUACAGGAGGGGAAAUUGAUUGUGCAGAAGUGGAGGUUCGGAAACUGGCCUGAUGGUCUUCAAUCUACGGUGAGACUUACUUUGGAGGAGCCUGAGCCUGGGACUACAGUUGUCAGCUUGACCCAAACUGAUGUUCCGGAGGAGGACAGAUAUGGAAAUUCAACUGUGGUGGAGAACACUGAAAGAGGAUGGAAAGAUUUGAUCUUCAACAAGAUACGUGCUGUCUUUGGUUUUGGAAUAUGAAUUUUCAUCUACUUCCAAUUUAUAUCAUUUCAGGACACAUUUAAGCUUCAUCCAUUUUGAGUCAUGGAUUAAAUGUGCUGAUAAACUAUCAUAGAGAACUUGAUAAUGAUGUAGAUGUAAUUUCCAGUGGAUCUGUUUAAUAUGGCUUUGUUUUGUUAAUCAUAGUACCGUUGUUGAACUUAAAGUAAUGGUUCUGUUGUUAUUUUACAAAUAUCAGUUUUAUGCUGCCA